AGGAGAGAUUGAGAAAAACAAUUUAAAGUUUCAGCCAUAUUUUUUGACAACGUCACGUUACAAUUGGGCUAUAUUAAAUUUUUUCGGACGUGAAGACUUGUAGUAAUAGCUCUAGAAAAUACAAAAUAAAGAAGAGGCCUGUCACUAAAAAUACAAAAAGCAUUUAAAGCAAAAAGAGUUUCAAAAAUUUCAUUGCGUCUCAACGACCCACUGAACUCUACAACCUUCAUUUCCAUACCCAAUGUCUUCUGUCGUCUUUAUUAUAGUUGUGCCGUAUGAACGUAAAAACGAAGACUCCGAAAUUAAACAGCGGGAAAUUAAACAGCGGGAAAUUAAACAGCGGGAAAUUAAACAGCGGGGUAGCGAUAAAAGUUUAAAAAGAAGUUUGACCGAUACAAUAAAAGAAGAGAAGACAACAGAUAACGAUGAUGAUGUAGUUAGUUUGGCUGAACAAAUAAACUUACCUGAGGUUUUGCGAAAUGAACUGUUAUCUUUGAAGGUUCAUGGUGAAUCUUGGAAUAUUUCCUAUGAUAAACAAUUUUACCAAGUUUUGUUUAUUGCAAAGGCUGGAAGAAGAGUGGAAGAGAUUUUAGGGCGAUUAACCCAAAUUGGCAUUGGAAUACGUCCAAAGACCUCUAUAAGUGUCACAACAACAACAGUCCAUAUAGAGAUGGAAAACAAUGAAAUUUCUGGGUCAGGACUCGAUGAAAAUCAACAAAAUCUGACUGAUCCACAUUUUGGAGAACAAAAAUCAACCAAAGAAAAGUUCAAAGACUCCAUUAAGUCAAGAUUAACUGUCGAGCAAGUUGUUAAAGGAGUGACAGAUCACGCAAUGCUAACAUUUGAUUUUGUCAUGUUUACUAUCCUGGCAAGUUUUAUAGCUGCUGUUGGUUUGGUUGAGGACAAUGCUGUUGUAUUAGUUGCAAGUAUGUUGGUGUCGCCCUUAAUGGGUCCAAUUCUUGCUUUAACAUUUGGUAUUGUAAUUAAAAAAGAUAAUUUGAGAAAUAUUGGGUUCAAAACGGAGAUUUGUGGCCUGGCUAUUUCUGUGGUUGUUGGUUUACUGUUUGGGUUCAUUGCUGGAACAUUUGGAAGGUCUGGAGCAUCAUGGGAUAGUGUUAAAGGAAUCUGGCCUACAAAUGAAAUGUCCAGCAGAGGCAUGACUCGUAGUCUUUGGAUUGGUGUAUUGAUUGCACUACCAUCUGGUGCAGGUGUUGCAUUGUCUGUUCUUGGUGGAAAUGCUGGAUCUCUUGUCGGGGUUGCAAUAUCAGCAUCUCUUCUUCCUCCAGCUGUAAACUCUGGCAUGUUGUGGGCAUAUGCUAUUAUCGCUGCCAUUAAUCCUCCAGAAACUUUAUCAUCCUUCAAUAACUCAAAAUUUAAAUGUCCUUUGUUUAAAGACAACAGUUAUGUACCUACGUAUAGCUGUAAUAUGGCUGAAGAGGCUGCUAUUAUGGCGAUCAUAAGUUUAGUCUUGACUAUUAUCAACAUCAUCUGUAUUGUUAUAACUGCUAUACUAGUUCUUAAGGUGAAGGAAGUUGUACCACAAGCAUCCAGUUCCAAUGCAACUCAAUCAUUUUGGACUAAAGAUAUCAAAGUUGCAAGAGAAGCAUAUAAAACUUUUAAAGGCAAUGAAGCAUUAAACCUCCUAAAUGAAUGGAAAAAAGUUCGUGAUGAAAAAAGUAGAUCGUCAUCAGAGCUUUUGAGACUUGGUAACGAGGAAUCUGACAAUGACAAAGUUUCUUUAAUGCAUUCUUCGGCUAAACCUAAAAAAGUUUUCGACGAAGAAUCUGAUCCAGAAAAUAAUUCCUCAAAAGAUUCUUUAAGAUUAAAUUGGGAAUUAGUAGAAAUGAUAAAGGACGUUGAGGAAAAUCACGAAUAUCAAUCUGUUGUAAAUCGAUCUCCUACAGGAGGGAAGAACGCUUAUAACACGUCAAGACAGUUGGCAAGGAUUUUGUCUCAGGAUGAAAACCAGCAACCUGACUGCACAGAACAUUUACGAACUCUACAUACGUUCUAUCGACAACAAAGUAAAGAAAGAAGUCAACAACCUCGCGUUGCUGAGAUAUUUAAUAAACAGGAAACAAAGCAGAAGAAAAACGUGAGAGAAUUUCACGUUGUUGAUACAGAGAAUCCGCACCAUACAUCUGUAGUUCUUGUUCAGGCUCCCAGUGAGAGUUCAGAUUCGUACUCUGUUAAAAAGGAAAGUGGAGUUUAAGGUACAGAGAAUGGAGCUUCACCUAAAUUAUUAUUUAUAGAACAUAAACAUACUAGAUCGUGUUCUUGUAAGGAUAUUUAAAACGACCAUCAAGAGUCAAGUUCAAUUUUCACUAAAUAAAAAUUUUGAGUAAUUAUGGAA